AUGGAGUUUACUAGUUUUUAUCACCCGUCGUCUCUAAGCGUUUGGGAGUUUGGAGAUUUGAUGGCGGCUGAGAGGGAUUCAUUUGAGUUAUUAGGUUCUCAGGACAUUGCUGCUGCUUCACCUCAUUCAUUUCUUCUUGAAACGUUCCAACCGCAAACGCAACCGUUUGUUAAACUGCCUUCUGCUGAUUCAACUAUCUUUCAAGCUCCACCAUCAAACGCGACUACAGAUAAGUCAGUGACGUCAAGGGUGGAAUCUUUUUGUUCGGAUCAUUUUCUGAUAAAUUCACCAGCGACACCUAACUCGUCCUCGUUUUCCUCGGCGUCAAGCGAGGCUGUAAACGAAGAGAAAGCUAAAAGAGAAAAUCAAGAAGAAGAGGAACAAAAUAAGAGUGAUACUAAUAAACAGGUGAAACCAAAGAAUAAUAGCCUGAAGCGACAAAGAGAGCCAAGAGUAGCCUUCAUGACAAAGAGUGAGGUUGAUCAUCUCGAAGAUGGUUAUCGCUGGAGAAAAUAUGGUCAGAAAGCUGUCAAAAACAGUCCUUUUCCUAGGAGUUACUACCGUUGCACAACAGCUUCGUGUAACGUGAAGAAGAGAGUAGAGAGAUCGUUCAGAGAUCCAAGCACUGUGGUUACGACCUACGAAGGUCAACACACACACAUUAGUCCACUCAUGUCUCGUCCAGUCCCCGGUGGAGGCUUCUUCGGAUCGUCAGGAGUUGCUUCAAAUCUUGGUGGUAACUUUGGGUUUCCAAUGGAGAGCUCAACACUAAUAUCUCCUCAGUUCCAACAGCUUGUCCAUUACCACCAACAACAAGAAGUCUUGUCUUGUUUUGGAGGAGUCGGACAGUACGUUAACAGCCACACACAUGGGUAUGGUGAUGAUGAACGUGUGAAGAAGAGUCGAGGUUUGGUUAGAGAUAAUGGACUUCUUCAGGAUGUUGUCCCGUGUCAUAUGUUGAAGGAAGAGUAG